CCUCCCUCUUCCAGAAUGUUGCCCUUCACCGACUGGAUCCUGGAGCUGGCGCUCGAGAAGACCUUGUUCCGGACCAUGGCCGUCUCCAGCCUCUGGCUUUUGCUGCUGGCUUUGCUCUUCCGUUCGCUUACGAACGCGUUUGGAAUUUGCCACCGCUUUUACGUUAACUGCCGGAGAUUGCGUUGCUUCCCAGAGCCCCCGCGUCGUAACUGGCUCCUAGGGCACCUCAACCUGGUUAUGCCCUGUGAGGAGGGUUUGGCCAAAGUCUCCGAGCUGGUAGCCACCUACUCCCGGGGAAUUUUGACGUGGAUGGGGCCCUUCAUACCGUUCAUUUCCUUGGUUAAUCCUGAUUAUAUCAAGCCAGUUGCAACAGCUUCAGCUGCUGUUGCUCCCAAAGACAAACUCUUCUAUGGCUUCUUGAAGCCUUGGCUUGGCGAUGGAUUACUUCUGAGCAGUGGGAAGAAGUGGGGACGACAUCGGCGGAUGCUCACCCCGGCUUUCCAUUUUGACAUCCUGAAGCCUUACAUGAAAUUCUUCAACCAGAGCACAGACAUCAUGCACGGCAAGUGGCGCAGGUUGACCACGGCAGGCCCGGCCCCCAUUGACAUGUUUGAGCAGAUCAGCCUCAUGACUUUGGACACCUUGCAGAAAUGUGUCUUCAGCUACGACAGCAACUGCCAAGAGAAAUCAAGUGACUACAUUGCUGCCAUCUUAGAACUCAGCAGUCUUGUCGUGCUGCGGCAGCAUGCCCUGAUCCACCAUUUUGACUGGCUCUACUAUCUGUCGGCAAAUGGCCGCCGCUUCCGCCGGGCGUGUGACAUUGUGCACCGUUUCACAGCCAAUGUGGUUCAGCAGCGACGAAUGGCACAUAGCCGCUUGGGUCAUGAUGCUUGGCUCAAAUCCAAGCAAGGCAAAACCGUGGACUUCAUUGAUGUUCUUUUGCUGGCAAAGGAUGAAGAGGGUCGCCACUUGUCUGAUGCAGACAUCGCAGCUGAAGCUGACACCUUCAUGUUUGAGGGCCAUGACACUACAGCAAGCGGCUUGUCCUGGGUGCUGUACAACCUGGCUCGACAUCCCAAGUACCAAGACCAGUGCCGGGAAGAGAUUCAGAAUCUGCUGCGAGGCCGGGAGACAGAGGAGAUUGAAUGGGAAGACCUCUCUCAGAUGCCUUUCACCACCAUGUGCAUUAAAGAGAGCUUGCGCCUCCACCCGCCAGUCACAGCCGUUUCCCGCCGCUGCACCGAGGAUGUAAAACUGCCUGAUGGAAAGAUAAUCCCCAAAGGGAAUAUCUGCCUGGUCAGUAUCUUUGGGACCCAUCACAACCCUGCCGUCUGGCCAGAGCCUGAGGUCUAUAACCCACACCGCUUUGAACCGAAGGCCUUGCAGAACCAGUCGCCACUGGCCUUUGUGCCCUUCUCAGCAGGACCCAGGAACUGCAUCGGGCAGAACUUUGCUAUGUCGGAGCUGAAGGUGGCCCUCGCCUUGACCCUGCUGAGGUUUGUGGUGAGGCUGGAUGAGAACCAAACCGUGCGCCGUUUGCCAGCAUUAAUUCUACGGGCAGAAAAUGGGCUGUGGCUACAGGUGGAGCCAGUGCGUACCCGGCAAUGAUGGGGGAGAUGCACAAGAUUGGCAGUCUCUGUUCCAGCGUUUCAGCCUGCACUGUAAUGUGCAAAGAGAUUUAUGGUGGCCAGAGAGACCUCUGCCUCAAACGACACGGAAGGCAUGACUCAAUUCUUUGUGCCUCUGUUGUCUUUGUCUCUGAGCCCUCGUCUUGCCUUCAUGAAGGUACUAGCAAUAGUUUUGUGCUACAUUAAAGAUGAAGUGUUUUGACCAUAAAA